GUUAAAGCGCUCGGCGGGCGGUGCGUUCCCGCAUAGGGGUAUGGCGACCUACGUGCGGCUGGGGGCCGCGGCCAAGAUGCCCCUCCUGGGGCUGGGCACGUGGAAGUCCCCCCCAGGUAAGGUGGAAGUGGCAGUGAUGGCUGCCAUCGAUGCUGGGUACCGCCACUUCGACUGUGCCUAUGUGUACCAGAAUGAGAAGGAAGUUGGGGAGGGGAUCCAGCAGAAAAUCAAGGAAGGUGUUGUGAAACGAGAUGACCUCUUCAUCGUCAGUAAGCUAUGGUGUACGUUUCAUGACAAACCUCUGGUGAAGGGAGCAUGCCAGAAGACUCUUGCUGACCUGAAACUGGAUUACCUGGAUCUCUACCUCAUGCACUGGCCUUUUGGUUUGAAGGCAGGGGAGGAGCUGUUCCCCACAGAUGACAAAGGCAUGUCAAUACCCAGCAACACAGAUAUUCUACACACAUGGGAGGCCAUGGAAGAGCUGGUGGAUGCUGGUCUGGUAAAAGCCAUUGGUAUCUCCAACUUUAACCGUGAGCAGACUGAAAGAAUCUUGAACAAACCAGGACUGAAGCACAAGCCUGCAAAUAACCAGAUUGAGUGUCAUCCAUACCUUUCCCAGGAGAAGCUUAUCAACUAUUGCAAAUCCAAAGGGAUCACUGUGACAGCAUACUGUCCCCUUGGACGCCCUGACAGGGCUAAGCCAGAGGAUUAUUCCCUUCUGGAUGACCCCAAGAUCAAAGAGAUUGCAACCAAGCACAACAAAACACCAGCACAGGUUCUCCUUCGCUUCCAGAUCCAGAGAAAUGUGAUUGCGAUUCCCAAGUCUGUCACACCACAGCGCAUUGUGGAGAACUUCAAGGUGUUUGACUUUGAAUUGACUGAAGAGGAGAUGGCAACUCUUCUCAGCUUAAACAGAAACUGGAGGAUCUGUGCAAUGAGCAUGUGCAAAAACCACAAGGAGUACCCUUUCAAUGCAGAAUACUGAAGACAGUUUUACCCUGCCCUCCUGCAGGCCUCUGGGGUCUAAUGAGCUUCUACCAUUGCCUAGAGUUGUCCACUAUGUAGCUUGCACACGGUAGCUCUCCUGCCAGCAAAGGCAUAGUAUAUGUAUUCAGUGAUUUCAUUUGGGUUUUUCUUCUUUGGUGCAAGGAAAUAAUAAAAUUGUUCUAAAGAACAAAAUAUGGGCUAUAAUAAUUCUCUACUCACUAGAUGAGUGUCUCUGCAUGGCUGAAAUAGCAAAGCAGAAAACAUGAAGAAAGAACUAGCAACUGAUUUUUUUUAUCUUCUGUCUUGCAUCAACACCACUUAAGACUGUAGGGUAAGGAUAUGUGAGCACAGAAGAAAGAUCCAUCCUGAAAGAAUGAACUACAUAAUCACUGCCUGAAGAUAAGAGACAACAAUUGACUUCACUUCUAGAGCACAGCCCAAAGCUUUCUGGGAAAGAAGAAUAAAUGGAGAAAUGUCCAGACCUACAGAUGCAUCCCAACUCAUACUGGGCCGUAUUUCAGUUGCAUUAUUUUACAGGCUGAAACUGGACAGAGAUUAGUGUUCAAUUUUAUUCUUACCCAAAAUAAAAAAUGUUUAGAAUACUGCUGGUUUGGAAGUUCUAAUAUAAUGUGAAAAAUUGACAAACCAAGCCACUUGCAUCAACAAUGUCAUUGGAAACCAUCAUCCAUAUUCAGUUUUAAAUGAUGUCACAGGAGCAUCAAGAUCUUGUCUUGAUCAAAAGCUGAAUAACUUAGUAUACUAAGCUUUGGUUGACACAGCAAUGUUGACAAGAACAGUGGAGUAUGACAAGCCUUAAUAUGGACUGUGGCUCAACAAGCCACAGGAGACCAACACCUGAAACUGCUGGAAAGCUGUACAGUGGACUGGUUUGGUUGGUAGGCUGUGCUGGCAUCUGGCCAUAAAAACCCAGAGUAACAGAGAUUGGGGGGAGAGGGGAGACUGUGUUAAAUAGGUGUCUGAUACUGCAUAGAAGCAGGGGGUGCAAGGUGGAACUGUUAAGUGUUAAUACUGAGCUGCUGCCCAGAGCCUGAUGCUGAAGCAAGUGUUGUGUUCCCUCCAGGCUAUGCUGUGCUGACUCACUGGCACUGGGACAGGUCUCUGUUAACUGUAACUGUAUGUACAAGUAAAGCUUUUCCUUCACAAAGCCUAUCACUCAUGGUGGAGGGUGCAGGUGAGCCUUGUUGGGCAGUGCUAGGAUAGCUAGGAGGUGUUGAACAGCAUGGCACUUCAGGGGUCUGUAAGUGCAAUGUGCCUUUGGCUGAUGGACACAGGGCAUCUGCAGUACAACUACUGCAUUCUGAUCUAUAACAUCCACACCAGAUCAAGCUGUAGGGUCUGACAAAAGCAUAUGAAGUUUGAGUUGUAUCUUGAGCAACUGGGUGGUCCGGAAGCUUCUGGAACCAGAUGAUUAACAACAAAACUGCUUUUGUAAAGGUUAAUAGUAUUACAACCCAAUUCUGACUGACUUAC